AUGAAAUAUUUACAUAAGAUAACAAUAGAUUUAUCUUUACGUCGUAGUGGUGUCUGUAGUAGUCGUGGUAGUGUCUGUAGUGGUCGUGGUAGUGUCCGUAGUAGUCGUGGUAGUAUCUGUUGUAGUCGUGGUAGUAUCUGUAGUAGUCGUGGUAGUAUCUGUAGUAGUCGUGGUAGUGUCUGUAGUGGUCGUAGUCGUGUCUGUUGUAGUCGUAGUAGUUGUAGUGGUCGUUGUAGUUGUCGAAGUGGUCGUCGUAGUGGUCUUAGUUGUCGUCGUGGCAGUCGUUUUAGUCGUUGUAGUGGUAGUCGUUUUAGUCGUUGUAGUGGUCGUCGUUGUGGUAGUUGUUGUAGUCGUCGUCGUGGUAGUUGUUGUGGUCGUCGUGGUGGUCGUCGUUGUAGUCGUCGUGGUUGCUGUAGUACUAGUAGAUGUAGUUGUCGUAGUAGUCGAUGUCGUUGUCACUAG